AUGUUUGCAUUAUUUUCUGGUUUAAUUGGAACAGCAUUUUCUGUACUUAUAAGAUUAGAGUUAUCAGGUCCAGGAGUUCAAUAUAUAUCAGAUAAUCAAUUAUAUAAUAGUAUAAUAACAGCACACGCUAUAAUGAUGAUAUUCUUUAUGGUUAUGCCUGCUUUAAUAGGAGGUUUCGGUAAUUUCUUAUUACCUUUAUUAGUAGGAGGUCCAGAUAUGGCAUUUCCUAGAUUAAAUAAUAUAAGUUUCUGAUUAUUAGUACCUAGUUUAUUAUUAUUUAUUUUCUCAGCUACAAUAGAAAAUGGAGCAGGUACAGGAUGAACAUUAUACCCACCAUUAUCAGGAAUACAAUCUCACAGUGGACCAAGUGUAGAUUUAGCAAUAUUUGGUUUACAUUUAAGUGGUAUAAGUAGUAUGUUAGGUGCUAUGAAUUUUAUAACAACUAUUUUAAAUAUGAGAAGUCCUGGAAUACGUUUACACAAAUUAGCUUUAUUUGGAUGAGCUGUUAUUAUUACAGCUGUAUUAUUAUUAUUAUCAUUACCUGUAUUAGCAGGUGGUAUAACUAUGAUUUUAACAGAUAGAAAUUUUAAUACUUCAUUCUUCGAAGUAGCUGGUGGAGGUGAUCCUAUAUUAUUCCAACAUUUAUUCUGAUUCUUCGGACAUCCUGAAGUUUAUAUUUUAAUUAUACCUGGGUUUGGUAUUAUAAGUACAGUUAUUUCAGCUGCAUCAAGUAAAAACGUAUUCGGUUACUUAGGUAUGGUUUACGCUAUGUUAUCUAUUGGUGUAUUAGGAUUUAUAGUUUGAAGUCAUCACAUGUAUACUGUUGGUUUAGAUGUUGAUACUAGAGCUUACUUUACUGCUGCUACUUUAAUUAUUGCUGUACCUACAGGUAUUAAAAUAUUUAGUUGAUUAGCUACAUGUUAUGGUGGAUCUUUACAUUUAACACCUCCUAUGUUAUUUGCUUUAGGAUUUGUUGUAUUAUUCACUAUUGGUGGUUUAAGUGGUGUUGUAUUAGCUAAUGCUUCACUUGAUGUAGCAUUCCAUGAUACUUAUUAUGUUGUAGCUCAUUUCCAUUAUGUAUUAUCUAUGGGUGCUGUUUUUGCAUUAUUUAGUGGUUGAUAUUUCUGAAUUCCUAAAAUAUUAGGUUUAUCUUAUGACCAUUUUGCUGCUAAAGUUCAUUUCUGAAUUUUAUUUGUUGGUGUUAAUUUAACUUUCUUCCCUCAACAUUUCUUAGGUUUACAAGGUAUGCCUAGAAGAAUAAGUGAUUACCCUGAUGCUUUCUAUGGUUGAAAUUUAAUUAGUAGUAUUGGUUCUAUUGUUAGUGUUGUAGCUACAUGAUAUUUCUUAACUAUUAUUUAUAAACAACUUACAGAAGGUAAAGCUGUAUCAAGAUAUCCUUGAUUAACUCCUCAAUUAUUCAGUGAUACAUUCCAAGUAUACUUUACUAGAAACAAUAGUUCUUUAGAAUGAUGUUUAACUAGUCCACCUAAACCUCACGCUUUUGCAAGUUUACCUUUACAAUCUUAA